CACCCCAUCCGAGCCUUCCUCCCUUUCCUCAUUUUCGUUCCUCUGAUCAGCUAAAGAAUCCAAUAGACUAUAUAUCUAUAUAAAUAUAUAUAGAUACACAUAUAUUCUUUGUAAAUUCAUCUCUUACAUUCCUCAGAAAGAAAAAAAACAAAAAAGGCUAACAAAUGGAAGCUGCCAAUGCCCACGACAUGUCGACGGCGCCGCCGUCAGCUGCCACCCCGCACUCGCCAUGGCAUUCCCCGGUGCCGUACCUUUUCGGCGGCCUGGCGGCGAUGUUGGGUCUCAUAGCCUUCGCCCUCUUGAUCCUUGCAUGCUCCUACUGGAAGCUCUCCGGCUACUUGGACGGCGGCAGGCAGGACGGCACCGCCGGCGAGGGCGACGUCGACGUGGAGGCCGGGACUGGUGAUGGCAGGAAGCCAGUGUUCGAGGAGAAGAUACUGGUGGUCAUGGCGGGGGAGGUGAAGCCCACCUUCUUGGCCAUCCCCCUGUCCAGCCGGUCGUCCUCCUUUGGGGACGGCAACACUAACUGCAGUUCCGGCGCCGACAAGAGCGAGAAACCGGAGGUGGCGGUUGAGAAAAAUGCACCGAAACAACAAAGUAGUGACCAGCACCAACAGAGCUUAUAACUCAACCAUCAGAUCUGUAGGACUCACAACAUGCCUCGGUUGGUACUUGACACCGGAACUAACUAGGCUCAGCUCGGAAUUCUACGCUCGAUCCGAAUCUACUUGUGCCCCCCCGAAUUCAAGGGUUUCUUGAAAAACAAUUUAGUGUCAUAGACAUAUAUGGUAUAUUAGGAUGAAGUAGCUCGGGGUCAUGUUCUUUGUUUUCUUUCUUUCAUGCUUCUUCUCCUUCUUCUUCUUCUUCUUCUUCUUCUUCUUCUUCUUCUUCGUAUUGUCAUUCUCUUCUUUAUCUGAUUCGGAAUUUUGUCCAUAGACUUGGUGAGGUUUUGUUGUAAUGGGAAUUGUUAAUUAGCGAGAAGUUCUUCUCAAGCACGUCAUAUGUCCAUCCGAAUUUUACGUGGCCUCUAAUAGAGAAUUGUGCAGACUUAAGAAGUGAUAAAUUUUCCACCCAAAAAAGAAGUGGUAUAUUUAUUUUAUUAAGAAAAUAUUCGAUUU